UACACGCUAAAAGUCCUGAUUAUUUACAUGGAGUCUGGUGGAGAUAUGCUGGCUCUAUACACGCUAAAACUCUGGCUCUCUGUGUCCUGCAGAUUGACGUACAGAGCCCAGCAAACGCUGUGGUGGAUAAUGGCGAUGUGCUCGAAUACGAUUUGCUUCGCUCUGGUGUGUGACAUCUCAGAUAAAAUAAUCCAUCAGAUCCAUUCGCGCUGUGUCGUGCUGCACUACGCCAAGCUGACGGACGGGCAGAUCCGGGCACACCUUCAGGAUGUCGUCCAGAAGGAGGAGCUGUCGGUGUCUGAUGACGGUCUGGACGCCGUCAUAUUCACCGCACAGGGAGACAUGAGACAGGCGCUGAACAACCUGCAGGCGACCCAUUACAGGUUUGGCUUAAUCAACAGUGAGAACGUUAUCAAAGUGUGCGAUGCAAGCUGGGACGGUGCGUGGCGGGCGGCGUCGACCGGGCGUAACGCAAGGUGGAAGGGGCGCACGGAUACUCGCCAGAUGACAUCAUGGGGAACAACGCCAGGGUCUGUAAGACCCUCCCCAUGGCCUCAAGCUGUAUUUCAUCGAGGUGAAGCUCCGCCCACUAAACACACAAACACACGCACAAACACACACACACAGGAGGAGAAGGAAGGGGAGCAUAGGGACCAUGAUCAUGCUGAGAUUCUGACGGUCGAGUGCGCGCAGCAGAAGCCGGUAGAAAGCACUCCCAAGGCGACCUCUUCCGAGCUGCCCUGGGUAGAGAAAUACCGGCCUGUUCAACUGCGCCAGAUUGUGGGGAACGAAGAGACGGUGAGUCGUCUGGAAGGGUUCGCCAGCGAGGGAAACGUCCCCAAUAUCAUCAUAGCAGGUCCUCGAGGAACAGGGAGAACCACCAGCAUCUUGUGUUUGUCCCGGGCACUGCUGGGAGCAUCGAUGAAGGACGCUGUGCUGCAGCUCAGCGCCUCCAACAAAAGGGGAAUUGAUGGUGUUAGGAGAAAAAUCAAGGUGUUUGCUCAGCAGAAAGUCACCCUACCCACAGGACGACAAAAGAUUGUGAUCCUGCAUGAAGCAGACAGCUUGACCUACGCCGCCCAGCACACGCUGAGGUGGAUCAUGGUGAUGUGCGGGAAGACCAUGCGUUUUGCUCUGGUGUGUAACAACUCAGAUAAGGUUAUCGAGCAGAUCCAUCGCUGUGUCGUGCUGCACUAUGCCAAGCUGACGGACGGGCAGAUCCGGGCACACCUUCAGGACGUCGUCCAGAAGGAGGAGCUGUCGGUGUCUGACGACGGUUUGGAGGCCGUUAUCUUCACCGCCCAGGGAGACAUGAGACAGGCGCUGAACAACCUGCAGGCGACCCAUUACAGGUUUGGCUUAAUCAACAGUGAGAACGUUAUCAAAGUGUGCGAUGCAAGCUGGGACGCUGCGUGGCGGGCGGCGUCAACCGGGCGUAACGCAAGGUGGAAGGGGCGCACGGAUACUCGCCAGAUGACAUCAUGGGGAACAACGCCAGGGUCUGUAAGACCCUCCCCAUGGCCUCAAGCUGUAUUUCAUCGAGGUGAAGCUCCGCCCACUAAACACACAAACACACGCACAAACACACACACACAGGAGGAGAAGGAAGGGGAGCAUAGGGACCAUGAUCAUGCUGAGAUUCUGACGGUCGAGUGCGCGCAGCAGAAGCCGGUAGAAAGCACUCCCAAGGCGACCUCUUCCGAGCUGCCCUGGGUAGAGAAAUACCGGCCUGUUCAACUGCGCCAGAUGGUGUGGGGAAACGAAGAGACGGUGAGUCGUCUGGAAGGGUUCGCCAGCGAGGGAAACGUCCCCAAUAUCAUCAUAGCAGGUCCUCGAGGAACAGGGAGAACCACCAGCAUCUUGUGUUUGUCCCGGGCACUGCUGGGAGCAUCGAUGAAGGACGCUGUGCUGCAGCUCAGUGCCUCCAACAAAAGGGGAAUUGAUGGUGUUAGGAGAAAAAUCAAGGUGUUUGCUCAGCAGAAAGUCACCCUACCCACAGGACGACAAAAGAUUGUGAUCCUGCAUGAAGCAGACAGCUUGACCUACGCCGCCCAGCACACGCUGAGGUGGAUCAUGGUGAUGUGCGGGAAGACCAUGCGUUUUGCUCUGGUGUGUAACAACUCAGAUAAGGUUAUCGAGCAGAUCCAUUCGCGCUGUGUCGUGCUGCACUACGCCAAGCUGACGGACGGGCAGAUCCGGGCACACCUUCAGGACGUCAUCCAGAAGGAGGAGCUGUCGGUGUCUGACGACGGUUUGGAGGCCGUUAUCUUCACCGCCCAGGGAGACAUGAGACAGGCGCUGAACAACCUGCAGGCGACCCAUUACAGGUUUGGCUUAAUCAACAGUGAGAACGUUAUCAAAGUGUGCGAUGCAAGCUGGGACGCUGCGUGGCGGGCGGCGUCGACCGGGCGUAACGCAAGGUGGAAGGGGCGCACGGAUACUCGCCAGAUGACAUCAUGGGGAACAACGCCAGGGUCUGUAAGACCCUCCCCAUGGCCUCAAGCUGUAUUUCAUCGAGGUGAAGCUCCGCCCACUAAACACACAAACACACGCACAAACACACACACACAGGAGGAGAAGGAAGGGGAGCAUAGGGACCAUGAUCAUGCUGAGAUUCUGACGGUCGAGUGCGCGCAGCAGAAGCCGGUAGAAAGCACUCCCAAGGCGACCUCUUCCGAGCUGCCCUGGGUAGAGAAAUACCGGCCUGUUCAACUGCGCCAGAUUGUGGGGAACGAAGAGACGGUGAGUCGUCUGGAAGGGUUCGCCAGCGAGGGAAACGUCCCCAAUAUCAUCAUAGCAGGUCCUCGAGGAACAGGGAGAACCACCAGCAUCUUGUGUUUGUCCCGGGCACUGCUGGGAGCAUCAAUGAAGGACGCUGUGCUGCAGCUCAGUGCCUCCAACAAAAGGGGAAUUGAUGGUGUUAGGAGAAAAAUCAAGGUGUUUGCUCAGCAGAAAGUCACCCUACCCACAGGACGACAAAAGAUUGUGAUCUUGCAUGAAGCAGACAGCUUGACCUACGCCGCCCAGCACACGCUAAGGUGGAUCAUGGUGAUGUGCGGGAAGACCAUGCGUUUUGCUCUGGUGUGUAACAACUCAGAUAAGGUUAUCGAGCAGAUCCAUUCGCGCUGUGUCGUGCUGCACUAUGCCAAGCUGACGGACGGGCAGAUCCGGGCACACCUUCAGGACGUCGUCCAGAAGGAGGAGCUGUCGGUGUCUGACGACGGUUUGGAGGCCGUUAUCUUCACCGCCCAGGGAGACAUGAGACAGGCGCUCAACAACCUGCAGUCGACCUACUCCAGCUUUGGCUGCGGGAGAUCUGUCACACUCACAUGAGGACAUCUGAAGGCGUGAACUCUCUGCUGCAGAUGGCCGGGCUGCUGGGGACACUCUGCAGCAAGAUAGCGCCCCCCCCUGACUCUAUACACGAUAAAAGUCCUGAUUAUUUACAUGGAGUCUGGUGGAGAUAUGCUGGCUCUAUACACGCUUAAAAUCCCGAUUAUUUACAUGGAGUCUGGUGGAAAUAUAUGACAGCAGUCAGCACAUUUCAAAUUACAAGGAGGGUGAGCCAGAUUUUCCCCACGAAGGUUGAGUGGUUGGAAAUCUCCUCCAACAGACGCGUAAGAAAACCCCAACUCAUCUAGCUUCUGCAGCAGAAGGGAAGCUCUCAUAACCUGUGCAGAAAAGUAGGGGUGGAAAAUAUGACAAGAUGAUUAUUCAGAUUAUUAUAUUAAAAGUUAAGAAAAGAAGUAACCUACAAUCCCGCCAGACUCCAUGUAAAUAAUCACUACUUUUAUCAUCUUUUUUCAUCUUUCCACUGUUCCAACAAUCACCACUCUGGUUUGGUUUAAAUAAACCUUUAAUUCACUUUUGUUUGUUUUUGUUAUUUAGAGCUAAUGGAGAUAUCAGCACACAUUUUGAAUAAAGACACGAUACAUAUGCUUUUAUUUAUUUUAUUUUAUUUACUUUCUCAACAAUCUCUGAAACUGGUUCAGUAUUAAACAAGAAACAAGCUAUAACGUAACCUGAAAUCACCAUCAACAAACUCACCAGACUCCAUGUGAAUAAUCACUACUUUUAUCAUCUUUGUUCAUCUUUCCACUGUUCCAACAAUCACCACUCUGGUUUGGUUUAAAUAAACCUUUAAUUCACUUUUGUGUGUGUGUGUAUUUAGAGCUAAUGGAGAUAUCAGCACACAUUUUGAAUAAAGACACGAUACAUAUGCUUUUAUUUUAUUUACUUUCCCAACAAUCUCUGAAACUGGUUCAGUAUUAAACAAGAAAUAAGCUAUAACGUAACCCGAAAUCACCAUCACCAAACUCACCAGACUCCAUGUAAAUAAUCACUACUUUUAUCAUCUUUGUUCAUCUUUCCACUGUUCCAACAAUCACCACUCUGGUUUGGUUUAAAUAAACCUUUAAUUCACUUUUGUGUGUGUGUGUGUUUAGAGCUAAUGGAGAUAUCAGCACACAUUUUGAAUAAAGACACGAUACAUAUGCUUUUAUUUUAUUUACUUUCCCAACAAUCUCUGAAACUGGUUCAGUAUUAAACAAGAAACAAGCUAUAACGUAACCCGAAAUCACCAUCACCAAACUCACCAGACUCCAUGUAAAUAAUCACUACUUUUAUCAUCUUUGUUCAUCUUUCCACUGUUCCAACAAUCACCACUCUGGUUUGGUUUAAAUAAACCUUUAAUUCACUUUUGUGUGUGUGUGUAUUUAGAGCUAAUGGAGAUAUCAGCACACAUUUUGAAUACAGACACGAUACAUAUGCUUUUAUUUUAUUUACUUUCCCAACAAUCUCUGAAACUGGUUCAGUAUUAAACAAGAAACAAGCUAUAACGUAACCCGAAAUCACCAUCACCAAACUCACCAGACUCCAUGUAAAUAAUCACUACUUUUAUCAUCUUUGUUCAUCUUUCCACUGUUCCAACAAUCAGAUGGCCGGGCUGCUGGGGACAGAUAUGCUGGCUCUAUACACAAAAGUCCUGAUUAUUUACAUGGAGUCUGGUGG